CCGCGAUAGCUCCCUCACGCCCGCUCACUGUAGACUCUACCCGAAGCACGACGAUACCUGCGAGUCCAUAUACCGUCUGGUCCUUGGGCAACACCACCAGUCAUUCCUCCACUUCUCGUCUCGCGUCUGCCGUAACGCAACGCCCCUUCUUCUUCGCCCCUCGCGACCUGCGCUUCCCACCCCGCCUUUCUGCCGACCAUGUCGAACCUCUUCUCCGGCAUCAACGCCCGGUUUCGAGGCGGGUCAGGCAAACCUGCUGGUCCGCAAAAGAGUCCUACCUCGUCCACUGCUAGCCAGCCUCCUCCUCCACUUGAACACGUUUCUCAAGGGAGUCAGUCGUCGUCUUCCAGCCUGGCCCCUAGAGUCCCACCCCUGCCCAACUCGCCUUCAUUCGCUCAGACUAUUGGUAUGGAUGAUUGUAACGGCGCCAUGGCUCCCGGGGACGACCUCAUCGCCGCCUACCAUUUGCCUCGACCCCUCCCUCUCUGGCUUAACUCUCAAUAUGCCAAGCACAUUGUCAAGGGCAAUUUCAUGACCCUUAGUGCGCGACCCAAGACUGUUGAGCAGGGCGAGUGGAUUGCACACCAAGUUGUUGAGCACUACCGAAACCUCUGGAACUUUGUUCGGGUCCUACAUGAGAAAGAGGAGGAUGGCAUGUCCAUCUGCAACUCCACCUCUUGCCCACGCAUGUCAGCUGGAGUGAACCACUCCUUCACUUGGCUGAACAGCCGACGAGAGCCUGUCGAGCUCCCCGCAUACGAGUACAUGACCCUCAUGCAACGAUGGAUCUCUGGAAAGAUUGAUGACAACAACAUCUUCCCCACCGAUCCCUCUGGAAUCUCUUACUCCCACAAUCCUGCCAUCACCACCACCCCUCUCUCGCAAUUGACCAACCUUGGCGAGCCCGAAUGGAUUGGCAAGCGAUCCGGAUUCCCUGACAAGUUUGUCGAAAUUUGCCAGAUGAUCUUCCGACAAAUGUUCCGCGUCUAUGCUCACCUCUACUGGGCUCACUUUACGGAGCCCUUCUACCAUCUUAACUUGGAGAAGCAACUCAACAGCUGCUUCUCCCACUUCGUCCUGACAGCAACAGCGCUGGAUAUGCUGAAGCCCUCUGAACUGGAGCCCAUGCAGCCUCUGAUUGACCUCUGGGCUGCCAACGGAACCUUCCCGCCAGAGUCUAAGGCGCACGAGUACGCCAACGUCCGUGCGGGCGAACGCCUCCUGCAACUUGGCGGCGUCCCUCAAUAAGCGCACGCUGCUUGAAGGCAAGGGCGCACAAAGAUAGGUUUUGAGACAUGUGGAAACGGGAAAACAGGGAACACCCGCCCCGCGGACCAAAUAGAAAGUGUACAAGUGC